CGAUUUCUUAUGCCAGUCUGGACCUGCUGAAAUCGAAGGUCACAUACAGUUUUCGUGCGCGUUCAUCGAUAUUUGAUUGUUUCGAGUUCCCCAAAGAGCAAUGGACCGCUGCGCUAAACAGGGCAAACUAAUGUCCAAAGAGAAACAUAACGACAGUCUUCACAAGGCGUCCUCCGUUUUGUCCGUUGCUGCGAUUCUGUUGACGAUCACGCUGUUCGUGAGAAUCGAGACAGUGGCCCAUGACACGAAAAUGAUGGAUUCAAAAUUCACGCUCGAAAUUCAACAAAUCAAAGAUGCUCUGAAAGAAGAACAAGAUACUCGUCAAGCUCUUGUGAAAGAGAACUUUGAUGCGCUCGGUGGCAUAACAUACACAAACAAAAUUGUCCGUCGCAGCGUAAAAACGAACCACAGCGAUUCUGAUCUUGACGAAGCCAGCGAUGUUCUCAAGAGGUACCUCAGGUCGAUUGUUGCUGAGUCUGUGGAGUCUUACUGCCUCGUGCCAAAUAAAGUGUGUAUAACAGGUCCACCCGGACCAAAAGGAAGUCAAGGGAGUCGUGGUAAACGAGGACCCAAAGGAUUUAAAGGUAAAAAAGGAACGAAAGGUAUUACGGGAGCGCCAGGUGAACCGGGUAAACAAGGAAUCAAGGGAGAUCUUGGAACGCCUGGAAUCAAAGGAGAAAAAGGUGAAGUCGGAGCGCCGGGGCAUCCGGGACCUAAAGGUGAUGUAGGGGAGUCAAUAUCUGUUCCAGUGGUAAUUGUAUCGCCUGCCUCACUUACUGUAACUCAGAACCAGAUCGCCACAUUUUACUGCUCAGCUGAUGGUAAUCCAAAGCCUAGCGUAUCCUGGAGUAGAACAACUACAGGACUGGUGAAUACGGACGGUCAAGGCAGUAAGCUAGAGAUCAAGAGUGCUGUUUACAGUGACUCGGGAAGUUAUGUUUGCACUGCUACAAAUAUCUUGGGAGAAGCAAGGAAGGUGGUAAAACUUUUCGUGGAAGUUCCUCCAAAAUUCAUCGAGAAUCCCAAAAGCAUUAUAGAAGUAACAGCAAAUUCAGAAGCUUCUCUUACCUGCCAAGUAUUUGGUUUUCCACAACCGACGGUUGUUUGGUCAAGAGGACUUGUGCCGUUGCCACAAGGUCGAAGCACUGUUACCAAUGGUACACUGAAGAUCUCCAACUUUAGUCGUCGAGAUGCUGGUCCUUAUCAGUGCAAAGCCACCAACAAGUUGGGAUAUGUUAGAGCAUUGACCACGUUAGAUUAUGUCCAACCAGUUUUCUGGAUGAAAUCGACUACAAUAAUGGAUAAUGCAUUUUAUCAAAGCCGCCUUCAUGAAUUCCUCACACCUGCUGUUGGAAACAAUCCUCGUUGGGUGCUGUGUUACCGCGCCUCCACUCACGGCUGGGCUGUCAGUACCUUUCACAGCAGGUGUGAUGGGAAACGCGACACGGUUACCAUCAUCAAAAAGGGACAGUACGUGUUUGGAGGAUACACCGAUAUACCUUGGGGAUGGUUUUUAUUCGCUUCAAUUUACUCCAAUCUAAAUCGACGCAAGUGCGAAACGGCGAACGGCAAAAGCCUAACUCCGACAUAUGGGGUAAGCGUAGAUCUAAGAUCUGUAAUGAUCGCAUACCGAUGUAAGGCUUCACCCAAUUACUUGUUUUCAACCUGAUCGUGGCCACAAUAUCGACAAGUUACUGACCAGACGUCCUUCAACCCGAUAAAGACUAGAAUGUAGCACUUUUCUUAAUUUAGGGUCUAUGUUUGGUUGAAUUUUGGCGGACUAUUGAGAUAAGUUUAAUUGGAGAAUACGGUAACACGUAUAACUUGACCUCUGCAUCUGUCUGUUGAUUCCAAUGCGGAAUAUUUUUUUCUCAUUCUGAUAUAUAGUUCUACCCUUAUUACGGGUUCUUUUAUUGAUCUAUUCUACUUGCUUCGCUUCUCCGCCAGAAAUUAACUAUAGAUCCGUUUUUUUUUUAGACAAAGGAGCAUUUUUCUUUUCACGCGACGCCAAAACAUAUUACGCAACACUGACACAGUUAUGCCGAAAAACAAUCCAGUCGUAUUGAUGCGGUCCAGUCACAACAACAACAACAGCAAUGUUUAUUUGUACUCAAAACAAACAAUCUCCGCGCUUUCCGAUUCGACUUUUCUGGCGAUGUGCUGUUUAGAAUGGCGGUCGAAUUUUACGUAGAACCGCCUAGUAUGUAAUUCUUGGGUACUUACCAUUUACAUGGGAAAACCGGA